GACUUCUCGAGAAGACAACAUUAAUUUUGUGUUAGGUUGUACGUGUCUACAAUGCCAAAAUGUUGUUCGUGUAUUGCGUUGAAGUCUGGAAUUAGAAAAAUAUUUAAUAGGAAGAAUCUGUUUUAUGAAGAUGCAAAUCGAAAAGAUUUCAGCUCGUUUCUUUGGUGGGAAUGCCCCCGUAUAUAUGUCAUGCACAGGUGUUUGGUGUUCAUUUUCUCUCUCGGAUGGCUAAUAUCGCACUUGGAAAGAAAUUAUCGUACUGGUACGUUGGCUGAAUUCAUGCUUUAUCUCACACACUGGUUUGAAAUUAUUUUCAAUGUCUACCUCCUAUUAUCCCUCGCCACAGCAAUGGUUGAAAUUCGGAAAAACUCAGUUUUGACUGAAAUACAACUCGAAAAAGAAAGUGCUUCAAAAGAGGCUGUUGAAUCCACGGACGAUGGAGAUCAUUUAGAAAAAGACGAUGUGGAUUCCUUACAAGGCAGAAAAUCAUUACGUUGGUAUCAUAAAUGUACAUGGUACACCUACGAGUCUUCUUUAGUUGGUUCACUGCUGAUAACAAUAGUUUAUUGGUCAUAUUUAUGGACCGGAACCAGCGUAAAAGAAAACCCUUUUGAUAUAUAUCAACACGGGCUCAACUGUGUGAUAUUAUUCAUAGAUUUAAGUAUCACUAGACUACCAAUUAAGCUUGCUCAUGCAGUACAGCAUAGUCUUUUUGUUUUUAUGUUUAUGAUGUUCUCGCUUGCAGUAUCUUACAUUCGUUACGCAAAAGGAUAUGAAAAGCUAGCAAUAUACUGGAUAUUGGAUUGGAUAAAUUAUACAAAAUGUGCCGUACUCAUAACUUUGGGGAUUUUUCCCGCGAUGUUUUUGUUGCAAGUUGUAAUUGUUGGUGCGAAUCAAGUAAAACUGAACUUGCAUAGAAAAUUCACAAACAAUUCCACUGCUGUAAUAAUAAACAUGAGGCAAGAUAUUUAAGUAAAUGUAUGAUUAUUUUCAUUCAUUUUCUACAACAAUAUAAUGAGCCAAUUCACAGAAAUCAUGGUCCAGAAAUAUAAUGUAAAGCAUGUUUUUUGAAAAUGAGUAUGUGCUUGGGUAUGUCGAGUGUCA